AUGAUUAAGACCUUGAAUCCUCGCCAAAAUCCGGCGAAAACAAUUGAGAUCUUGUCAAGGUACAGGCCCAUAGCACCAAAGCCCGAAACUGAUCUUUCCCCAAAGAUCAAGCAAUCUUCUUACCUCAGAAGCCUCUGGGCUCAGCUCCAGGCCCGCCCCACCAGGACAAGAAAGAGAGGAAGACCACUCCCUUCUUUCAAGAGACAGAAAACUCACAUCUUAGGAUUUUGUCCCGCCGCCACAUGCCACCUCACUCCUCCUCCUCCUCCCACUCCAAGAUUAGUGACACUUUCACUUCUUCCAUGUUCUUCUAAUUCUCCUUCUCCUUCCCCUCCCAUUGGUUUCAACGUGGCACAGAAGCAGAACAUUCCAGAAGAGAAGGAUCUUUUGAAGCAGUUGCAAGGAGGAGUAGUCAAUGCGAGUAGCGUGAUAGCGCCGCAGGCAGUUCGAGCAGUUGGAUCAUGCAUAAAAGUGGGGUCCAUAUCGGUUAGCGAAAACGGAAUUCUUGUUACGAAAACAGCAGAGCAAGUGGAGGAAGAGGUUGAGUCAGAGGCAUUGCCAGCUGUCAUAACAGACUCCAAGAACAGAGUGAGGAUGGCUAACUCUGCCUACAGGGAGAUGGUGGGUCAGCCCGUUUGUUCUUGGCUCCAGUCCGUGGUCACAGGAGCCACGUGCACCAGUAGGAUCUGUGGUGACGUGGCGCUUCAUCUUUGUGGUUCAUCAAAGGUGCCUGUUUCGUCCAACGGAUUCUCAUGCUGGGUGAGGAUCGGGUGGAACAAUCAAGGGAAGAAGAUUGAAGUCAAUUCUUUCUGUGAUGUUAACAGAUUAUCGUGCCAAUCCAGGGACUAUCUUUUCAGCUGGAGAUUCCACACAAUCAACAUGUAG